AUGUCUAUUAACAAUCUAAUAUCCCAAUUUAGAUUCACUAAAUUACUCAAGAAUGAUGUUCAAACAAAGACAAUAGCACUACUAGGCACAAUCAAUUCCCAAAAUGCAAUCAUAAUAAUUGAAAAAUCACAAUUCAAUGAAGAUUCAACAAAUUCAUUAACUUCCCUAAUUUCAGAAAUAUCAUUGAUUAAUUCAAAUGAUAUCUAUUACUGGCUGAAAAUCAUAUUAUCAGAAUCAAUAAACAAAAACCCAUCAGCAAAAUUAAAUCUAAUUUAUCCAGCUACAGAAACUCAUAUUUCAAAAUAUGAUGAUCAGAAAUUACACAUGAUUAAAGAAACUCCAGAAAUGUAUAUAAAUUACGUGGUUCCAUAUAUUGACUCAAUGAAGGGUGAACGUUUGAAAUGGGUAUAUAAUAUCUUAUUUCAUGGUAAAGAAUCUGAAACUUUUAUAUAUCAUGAUAAAUCACCCAGUGGAUUUGUUUUAUUACCUGAUAUGAAAUGGGACAUGUUAAAUUUGACUAAUUUAUACUUAUGUUGUAUUGUAAAUCGAAUGGACAUUUCAAAUGUUAGAGAUUUGAAUGGUGUUGAUGUCGAUUAUUUGAAAAACAUAAGGGAAAAGAUUUAUGAUGUUACGAAGGAGAGAUUUGGAUUGGAGAGGGAUGAAUUACGUUUAUUUGUUCAUUAUCAGCCUUCUUAUUAUCAUUUUCAUGUCCAUGUUGUUAAUGUUAAACAUCCUGGUUUAGGUGAUGGUAUAAGUGUAGGUAAAGCAAUUUUAUUAGAUGACAUGAUUGAUAAUUUAAUGAUUGAUUCUGAUUAUUAUAAGAGAAAGACUUUAAAUUAUGUCAUUGGUGAAAAUCAUGGUAUUUGGAAAAUUGAAGAGUAUAGAAAUGCUGCUAAUGAAGCUUCAAAGAGAUAA